AGCCGAAUAUCGUAAUUGGACCCAGUAACACUACCGCAAUGCUUGGAGACAUUGUAGUGUUCACUUGCGACACCACUGGAGAUCCCCCGCCUGUAGUAACGUGGCAAAGAAAUGGCCGAAACAUACAUACUAAUGGCCAUUCCAGUUACAGAAUUCUGGACAGCGGGUCCUUGCAGCUGGAACAUGUGGGGCCAGCUGAUUAUGGCCUUUAUCACUGCACAGCUAAAAAUGAUAAAGGCACUGCUAGUUCAGAAACAGCUCAUCUCCAAGUAGAAGUUCCAGCCAAAGUGAAGGGUGGACGGACAGUAUACAACGUCACAUGGGGUGUUCCGGUAAUUCUGGAGUGCACAGCUGAGGGGGAACCUCCCCCUGAGAUCACUUGGUGGGAGAACGGCAUCCCG